AUGGGCUACAUCUCCCAGCACGCACUCGAAAACCUGCGAAAAUACUCCUACAAAGGGGUCGAUAAGUAUGUCGCGAUGCCCAGCACGUCCACGGACCCAAUCUUUAACCUCGCGGUACCUCCUCCAGCCAUUUUGGAACUGGUUCGUGACGCUAUGGCCGACAUGGGUCGCACCAAACACGGUAUGGGCGCUGCUAGCAUCCCGCUUGCAUUCAUCACCCUGUCUGGGCUGAGCUUAGUGCUCCUAAACUUUGCCACCCUUGUAUACUUCGACCCCGCGUAUCUAACUGACCACGAGGGCGCUGGGCCCCCGCGAUGGAUAUACCUCACAUGGGCAGCAGGGCUAUUCCUGUAUCAGACCUUUGACGCAAUAGACGGGAAACAGGCAAGAAGGACAGGCAUGGCUGGUCCCCUAGGAGAGAUGUUUGACCAUGGCUGUGAUGCACUGAACACGACGCUCGAGGCGAUCCUUGCUUGCAGAGCACUGAACCUCGGACGGUCAUGGUGGACCGUCGCAUCGCAGAUCGCGACGCUGGCCAAUUUCUAUCUUUCGACAUGGGAGGAGUAUCACACUGGCCAGCUUUUCUUAGGCUACUUCUCAGGGCCAGUUGAGGGCAUACUCAUGAUUGUCGUGAUAUAUCUUGUGACUGGCAUAUUCGGUCCUUCUUUCUGGGACCAGCCAUUCUUGACAUUCACGAGAUUGGAGAAUGUACCAGCCAUUGCAGAUAAGAUCCCCAACAUCGCACUGAACGAGGCGUUCAUGGUGUUCGGCGCUUUCGGCCUCGCAUUCAACAUUCUUGUCAGCUACAUCAACGUCUUUGGGGCUCGCAUAGCGUCUAAACAGAACCCGUUUUCCCCGUUGGUGUUCCUACUACCGUUCCCGAUUUCAGUUGCGCUCGAGCUUGCAUGGCUCGGUGCGCCGACGUUCCGCGAGUCGACGAUCCUGCGCUCACCGGUGUUCAUGCCGUUCAUGUGUGCAUGGGGCCUGCAAUUCGCGCACCAAGUGUCGCGUAUGAUCCUCGCACACGUCACGAAGCAGCCGUUCCCGUGGUGGGAUGCGAUGUGGGUGUGGAGCAUCGUAGGUGCUAUCGACGCAAAUCUACCGCAUCUCCUGGACAGACCGCCGGUGAUCCAAUCCACGUUCCGCAGCACGGCGCUAUUCGUCUACCUGACGCUCGCCGUCGCGUUCCUCUCGUACGCGCGCUUCUGCACGCUUGUCAUCCGCGACAUCACGAACUUCCUGGGGAUCGCGUGCUUCACGGUGCGGAAGAAGGACAGGAGCGGAGAGUGGGUCGAGGCAGCUGCGGUAAACGAAAAGCGGAUGUGAUGGUGGCGUGAUGACCGUGGGGGAUUUCUCGGCAAUCGUGAUGAGACCCAAUGCUACGACCUUUGGACGAGUGGAAAUGGGAGAGUUAGACGAGAUGUGUGCUUGAUCUACGCUAGAGAAGCAUCCAAAAAAUAGCCAUUGGCUUGCAAUUUCU